AUCAUUCAAAAAAUUGCAUAAUGGCUCAACUUGAGGACCCCGAAGACCAGGCGGGAGUAAAGGCAUAAAAUCCACCGCCAUUAGCAUGAAGGCCCGAGUCUCUUUCCUCGCCCAUUUACAGCGAUGACUGACCAACCGGCGUUGCGCAGUCGUCUUUCAGGAGUUUCACUCAUCUUCGCAUGUGGAACCGCACUGUUUUCAGACGGUUAUGCGAAUGGUGUGAUUAGUGAAGUAAAUACUUUGUUAAAGCGUAUUUAUGGUGAUGAAAUAACUGCCCAUAAUUACUCUACUGUCGUGAGCAGUGUGGCGUUCGCGGGCACAGUGGUUGGGAUGCUUGUCUUCGGGUACUUAUCUGACAAAAUGGGACGAAAAUUCGGAAUGAUGACCGCAACGGGGAUUGUAGCGUUCUUCUCCCUACUUUCUGCUGCUUCAGAAGGUGCACAUCAUAGUGUAGGGGGGACAUUGGCAAUGCUGAGUGCUUGCAGAUUUUUACUCGGUAUCGGCGUUGGUGCUGAAUAUCCAUGUGGCUCUGUUUCUGCGUCCGAGCAGACAGAACAAAAGUCAAUCAGCAAGAAUGCACAGCACAGAUGGUUUGCUCUUGCUACAAACUCCAUGAUCGAUACUGGUUUCGUCAUCUCUGCAUUCGUGCCACUUGUUCUAUAUUGGAUUUGCGGUCCCAAUCACCUGCGAGCUGUGUGGCGUUUGUCCCUCGGUCUUGGAUUCAUUCCCGCUAUGCUUGUGUUUAUUUGGCGACUUAGUAUGGACGAACCCGACUCCUACAAGAAAUCAUCUAUGAAGAAUGUGAAGAUCCCUUACAUGCUGGUCCUUCGUCGCUAUUGGCCCUCUCUUGUUGCCAUUUCUUUGACGUGGUUCAUUUACGACUUCAUCACAUACCCAUUCGGUAUCUAUUCUUCUACAGUGGUGGACAAUAUCACUGGGGGGAGUGACGCAAUCCCUGUCAUCUUCGGUUGGAAUAUCAUCAUCAAUUUGUUUUAUAUACCAGGUACUCUUGGCGGCGCUUUGAUCGUCGAUUACGUCGGUCCCAAAAACUGCAUGAUCGCUGGUCUCAUCAGUCAAGCCGUCAUCGGGUUUAUUAUGAGUGGCCUAUAUGAGAAGCUCACAUCCCACGUCGCUGCUUUCGCGGUUGUAUACGGUAUUUUUUUGAGCUUCGGUGAAGUUGGUCCCGGGAAUUGCCUAGGUCUUCUCGCCAGCAAGACCAGCCCAACUGCAGUUCGUGGUCAGUUCUAUGGGACUGCAGCCGCCGUUGGUAAAAUUGGAGCAUUUGUUGGCACUUGGGCCUUCCCGCCUAUGAUUGAUGCAUUUGGCGGAGCAUCCUCUGUACGAGGGAAUACUGGGCCUUUCUGGGUUGGCAGUGGCCUUGCUGUUCUCAGUGCAUUGAUCACGUUCUUCUUUAUCAGGCCUUUGAGCCAUGACGGAAUGGCUGAUGAAGAUGAAAAGUUCCGGCAAUACCUCGAGGCUCAUGGCUUCGACACUAGCACUAUGGGGCUUGGUGGAACUGGCUCCGUGACAGCUAUUGAUGAUACUACAAGUGACGAAAAAGUUGACCAAAAAUCCGUUGUUUGAGGUAGCAUCUGCCUAUAAUCGUGGUUCCUCUGGUUGCUUUCGCAUUGCUCUUGCUUAUGUCUUGACUCCUAAUGCCCUAAUUUAUGCACUGUUGUUGUAAAUG